AUGGGCAAUGAGCAGAAAGCAAGUGCUUUCGGGUCACGCAUUGCGGCUUACUUUGCAGCCAGUCCGAAGGUGGAAAGAUGUGGAGCACGAGAGGCUAUUCAGUGUAAGCAAAGGUGGCAGAAGAUGAAUGACCUCGUUUGCAAGUUCUGCGGAGCCUAUGCCGCUGCAACAAGACAGAAAACUAGUGGUCAGAGUGAGAGUGAUGUUGUAAAAAUGGCACACAAAAUCUUCUACAAUGAUCAUAAGAUUAAAUUUAAUCUUCACCAUGCUUGGGAGGAGCUGAAAAAUGACCAGAAAUGGUGUGCCCUUGCGAGUAGUAAGAUUGAUGGACCACAAUCAUCAAGCGCUAAGAAGAGAAAGUGUGAGGAUGGAGGGGAAGAGGCAAGCUCUCAAGCAACUAUGACUGGUGAUCACCCAACCAAACGGCCUCCUGGUGUUAAGGCUGCGAAAGGAGUCGGUGAUAAGAGAACUAUAGUUGAUCAACUGGGUGUGUCGGAGUUUGAGGGCAUGUGGUCUAUCAAAGAGAAAGACUUGGCUGCUAAAGAAAGACUAAAAAAGAUGGAUCUGCUCGAGAGUCUCAUUUCAAAAAAAGAGCCCCUAUCUCAGUUUGAAGAAGCUCUAAAGGAGAAACUAAUUACUAAGAUGUUGGGUAAUUAA